GUGAGUUAACCCUAAUCAUGGAGCUCAGCGCUGCCACUGUCACCUUCCUCGUCCUUCUAUCCCUGCCAAUUCUCGCGGCCUUGCUGAGAGGCAGGUUGGCGGCGGCAAGCUCCAAGAAGAAGAGGCGGCCUCCGGGCCCAUGGAACCUCCCCUUCGUCGGAAGCCUCCUCCACCUCAUCGGCGCGCACCCGACGGUCGCGUUCCGCGACCUGGCGAGGAGGUACGGCCCGGUGAUGUUCCUCCGGACGGGGCAGGUGGACACCGUCGUGAUCUCGUCGGCGGCGGCGGCGCAGGAGGUGCUCCGGGACAAGGACGUCACCUUCGCGUCGCGGCCGCGCAUCCUCGUGUCGGAGAUCUUCUGCUACCAGAACCGCGACGUCGCCUUCGCGCCGUACGGCGAGUACUGGCGGAUGCUGCGCAAGCUCUGCACGGUGGAGCUGCUCAGCGCGAAGAUGGUGCGGCAGCUCGCGCCCGUCAGGAACCGCGAGACGCUGACCCUCGUCAGGAACGUGCAGGCCGCCGGCGGCCGGCCGAUUGUCAUCUCCGACCUGCUCAUGUCCUGCGCGACCACCAUCACCACGCAGGCGGCGUUCGGCCAGGCGUGCAGCGAGGAUCUCAAGGACCAGUUCCUCUCGGCGCUCGACGUCGGGCUCAACCUCAGCAGCGGCUUCUGCUUCGGCGACCUCUUCCCGUCGCUGCGGUUCAUCGACGCCGUGACGGGGCUGCGCAGCCGGCUGUGGCGAGCGCGCGCGCAGCUGGACGCCGUCUACGACAGGAUCAUCGCCAAGUGCGAGGCGCAGCGAGGUGACUCCCUCGUGAACGUCCUCCUCAGGAUCAGGGACAAGGAGGAGGAGCAUGAAUUCCCCUUGACCACGACGAAUAUCAAGGCGAUCAUACUGGAUAUGUUCACGGGAGGGACGGAGACGACGGCGUCGACCGUGGAGUGGGUCAUGUCGGAGCUGAUGAGGAGCCCGGAGGCGAUGGCCAAGGCGCAGGCCGAGGUGAGGCGAGUGUUCGACGACAAGAGCCCAGACGACCACGAGAGCCUCGUCGAGAAGCUGAGCUACAUGAAGCUGGUGAUCAUGGAGACCCUGCGGCUGAACCCGGUGCUGCCGCUGCUGCUGCCCCACUUCUGCCGGGAGACCUGCGAGGUCGGCGGGUUCGAGAUCACCAAGGGCACCCGGGUGGUGAUCAACGCGUGGGCGAUGGCGAGGAGCCCCGAGUACUGGGACGACGCGGAGAAGUUCAGGCCGGAGAGGUUCGAGGACGGCACGGCGGACUACAAGGGCACCCGGUCCGAGUACCUGCCGUUCGGGAUGGGGAGGAGAAGGUGCCCCGGCGACAUAUUCGGGCUGGCCUUGGUGGAGCUCAUCGUGGCCCGGCUCCUCUACUACUACGACUGGAGCCUCCCCGGCGGGAUGCAGCCUCACGAGGUCGACAUGGAGCUCGUCGUGAGUGCCACCAUGAGGAGGAAGAACCAUCUGCAGCUGCUGGCGUCACCCUACAAGCCGGUUCCCCUGUAGAGGUUGAUGGAUCCGUCCGUGUGUUUGUUGUUCGCAUGCUCGAGUAGUUCGUAUCGUGCACGUUAUGUUUGUGAGUUUUGCUUGGGUUGGAAAAAUAAACAAGGGAACUUCUUGAGAAAAUUUAUCAAAGUAGAACUUCUACUUUGAAGUUACAACGUACAUACUGUAAGGUGGUGUUUAGAUUGAAAAUUUUUUUGACAGAAGUGUUAAGUUAAAUGUUUGACCGAAUAUUAG